AACUAAGACUCUGUCUCUUAAAAAAAAAAAAAAGUUGGGGCAGCGCCUGUGGCUCAAAGGGGUAGGGCGCUGAUCCCAUAUGCUGGAGGUGGCAGGUUCAAACCCAGCCUCAGUCAAAAACUGCAAAAAAAAAAAAAAAGUUGCAGAGCAGGGUGUGGUGGCUGACACCUGUACCCUAGCAGCCUGGGAGGCCAAGGUGGGUGGAUUGCUUGAGCUCACAGGUUUGAGACCAGCCUGAACCAGAGCGAGACCUCAUCUUUAAAAACAGCCGGGCUGGGCGGUACCUGUGGCUCAAGGAGUAGGGCACCAGCCCCAUAUGCCAAGGGUGACGGUUUGAGCCCAGCCCUGGCCAAAAACUGCAACAACAAUAAAUAAAUAAAUAAAAACAGCUGGGCAUUGUGGUGGGCGCCUGUAGUCCAGCUACUUGGUAGGCUGAAGCAAUAGAAUUGCUCAAGCCUAAGAGUUUGAGGUUGCUUUGCUAUAAGCUGUGAUGCCACAGCAUACUACCGAGGGCGACAAAGUGAGAAAAAGAAGAAAACAGAUGCAAUUAACAAAUGUUAACAAACAAGUAUCUUUUUCCAACUUUUCUUUUCCUUUUUUUUUUGAAACAGAGGCUCGUUUUGUCACCCUUGGUAGAAUGCAUUGGCAUCAGCUCACAGCAACCUCAAACUCCUGGGCUCAAGCUAUCCUUUUGCCUUAGGCUCCCAAGCAGAUGGGACUACAGGUACCUGCUGCAAUGCCCAGCUAGUUUUAGAGACAGAGUCUCACACUUGGUUAGGCUCAUCUGGAACACCUAAAGCUCAAGCAUGCCAUACACUUCAGCCUCCCAUAGGCCUCCCAGAGUGCUAGGAUUACUUACAGGUGUGAGCCACUGUGUCUGGCUUUUUUUUUUUUAAAUCAGAUUCCAGGGUUCCACUGCAAGUUGAAAUCAAUUCUAGUGCAUGCAGCCAAGGAACUUGCUUUUUAAACCAACACCACUACCUUUUUCCCUUCCUGGUCAGAGUCUAUGGUUUUAGAUUCUGGAAUCCUUUUGUACACUAUUCUCAAGGGGUUGUGGGAAGAAUGGCAGUGCCCAUUGCUGACAUCCGCCAGAGCGAUUUCCCCAUUUCCUUUGGAGAUGCUGGUUUCCUUUAGAUAUGGUCUCUGAUGGAGAGGGAGCUUCCUGUCGUCUGGUCCAGUUCAAUCUAUGUCUUGACUGAGAGGACUGUUUCUCCUUCAGCACAUGGGAAAUUUGUGUCCCUAGUAUCACCAGCCUCAGAGGUCCCUAAGCAUAUAGAGCUUGCCAGGGACCAUGCAAAAUACUUCUUACCAGUUAUCAUGCUUCACCCAGCCCUACAGACAGGAUAAAUAGUUUUAGAGAAGUCACUGACUCACUCAAGGCCACACAGCUCUUAAGUGUCAGAGUUAGGAUUUGAGCCUGGGUCCCUUUGAUGUCACCUCUUGAAUUCAGAAUAACUGACAGGAAGCCAUCAGGGAAGGAGGAAAGCACAUAUGAGACACUCUUGAACACAAUUCCAGAUUAGAGAAGCUCCUCUAAUCCGGCAGGAAUUUCCUGGGAAGCCCAAAGUCCCUAGGAUUUUUGUUUUAGUAAGAAUGAAUUACUUAUUACUGCCCUAAUAAGAGCAGUCAAGCCACUUCAUUUCCUCUGCCUUCAUAGCAAAAGCAAAUUAAGCAAUUAUGUGGUUUGUUUGCUGUUCUUGUUAUAAGGAAUACACUUCCCCCAAAUCUUCCCACAGCUGGCUCAACCUCCAGCCUUUAGUAAGCUAAAAUAAUCCCUGAUGUUUCUUCCACACACAGACAUACAGUGUCUUCAUUUUUGCUUCACAACUUAAAAUAACCUGAAAUUACAUAUAUAUUUCUUUGGCCCCUCCCUGCAGUUCUAGAUUUUUUUCUCCUUUGCUUGCUGCUGUGUUCACAGUAUCUCAAUCUCUGCCUGUUUAGUAUUCAAUUAAUACUUAUUGUUCAAUUAAUACUUGUUGACUGAAUGCACAAGAUCUGUCAGGUGGAGGUCCCCAGUCUUGUGUGUGGACCUGGCUGGGCCUGGGAGGAUUUGCUUAGUCCCAUCCAUGGCUCAGUCCCUUCCUAUGGCAGAUUCAAGGCUGGGUUAAUAAUAUUGUCCACUCUGCUUCCAACCCUCAAGCCAGCUGGAUCUCAGGGAGAAGAAAGAUCCCACAGCCAGCAGGGCCUGGCCAGGACCCCAGGCUGAGAUUUUCAGGACAGAGACAGCCAGACAAAUCCAAGGGACACACAGUACAGGCAGCCCCAGGGUCUGGGGCAUGAGUGAAAACUAAGACCAAGAAGGCCCCUCUACAGGUCUGGGUGGUAGCCUGUGGCUCAAGCAGCUAAGGUGCCAGCCACAUACACCUGAGCUGGCAGGUUCAAAUCCAGCUCAGGCCGCCAAACAACAAUGAUGGCUGUAACCGAAAGAUAGCCAGGUGUUGUGGCGGGCGCCUGUAGUCCUGGCUACUUGGGAGGCAGAGGCAAGAGAAUCGCUUGAGCCCAGAAGUUGGAGGUUGCUGUGAGCUGUGAUGCCAUGGCAUUCUACCCAGGGCGACAGCUUGAGGCUCUGUCUCAAAAAGAAAAAAAAAAAAGGUCUGGGUGGUAGUUUGAAGCAGGAAGAGAGGUGGCAAGGAGGUGGCAAGGUCUCAGUGUCUCCUUCUUGACUGGGCUGGGCAGGUCCCAGACUGUCUAAUCUAUCUCUCCCUGCAGUCUUCUGAGCCCACAGUCCUUGAUGGGAGGCAGGCACAGCUCUACCUACUUGUUUUUCUUUUUUCUUUUUUUUUUUUUUUGUAGAGACAGAGUCUCACUUUAUGGCCCUUGGUAGAGUGCCAUGGCAUCAUACAGCUCACAGCAACCUCCAACUCCUGGGCUUAAGAGAUUCUCUUGCCUCAGCCUCCCAAGUAGCUGGGACUACAGGCGCCUGCCACAACGCCUGGCUAUACUUGUUUUUCUUGAUUAUUUUUGAGCAGUUUCCGGCCCUCUCCCCAAGGUUCUUGGGUCUCACAGUUUCCAGGAAGUCCUGUCACACAAGGGGGGAGUGACAAGUCCCCUUAGCCCCAGGGCAAUGCCAUGUGGACCAAGUUGGGUCCUGGUAACCCAAAAUAAAGAAGAGAAAGGACCAAACCUUCCCCCCACGGUGAGAACCCCAGGCAGAGCCACCCGUAGGGCGCAGAGGAGGAGAGGGCCGUAUCUUGGCCCUGUACCCUAGGUCAAGUAGCUAAGGGUGCUGCUCUCAGAGGUUGGCUGAAUAGGGGUCCCAGUUUCAGGGGGUGGGCAACGAAAUGGGUGGCCAGCACCCCUAGCACAGGGUGGGGAAAGUUUUUCAAUUGUUUCCAGCUUCCAAACUGUCCCCUCACCAGAGACGCCCUUGUUUCCACCUUUUCCAGAAUGCCGGCCAGAACUGGUGGGCUCCCACUCAGAUAUUCGGUCUGUCAAGGCUUGCCUCAGUUUCCCCAUUGGGCCCAAAGCAGGAAAUGGCUACUUCUGGGAGAGAUGUGGGCAGGAAGAAGUGGAUAAAGGGGAUUGGAAGAGGAGGGGGCUUUGGGGAGGUCGGAGUCCUGUCCCUUUUCUGAGAGCCUGUCGCCGCGCCUCCCUUCCCCCGCCCGCCAUCUGAGCCGCCCAGAUAACGGGACCUCCCCAGGCAGAGCAUGCGCUGUGCUCCCUGGCCCAUCAGCCAUACUGGGAGCUGGGGCUCUCGAGAGGAGACGUGGAGUGAUCUGGCUGGAGCAGGAGGAUUUGGAUUUGAACCGCGUAGAAUGCAGAGGCCGGAGGACAGAGGGGACCUCCGAUGGCAGCGCGGGAAGAAGGAAGCGGUGCUGCAGUCUCCUCCCGGCACUCCCUCCCCACCUCCUAAAUCCGCCGGCUGUCACCAUGUCCGCUUCGGCCGUCUUCAUUCUAGACGUCAAGGGCAAGGCCUUGAUCAGCCGCAACUACAAGGGCGAUGUGGCAAUGAGUGAAAUCGAACACUUUAUGCCUCUGCUUGUGCAGCGGGAAGAGGAAGGUGCCCUAGCCCCUCUGCUGAGUCGUGGCAAAGUUCACUUCCUGUGGAUCAAACACAGCAACCUCUACUUGGUGGCCACCACACUGAAGAAUGCCAAUGCCUCCAUGGUGUACUCCUUCCUCUACAAGGCUGUGGAGGUAUUCUGUGAAUACUUCAAGGAACUGGAGGAAGAGAGCAUCAGAGAUAACUUUGUCAUUGUCUAUGAGCUGUUGGAUGAGCUCAUGGACUUCGGCUUUCCCCAGACCACCGACAGCAAGAUCUUGCAGGAGUACAUCACACAGCAGGGAAAUAAGCUGGAGACAGGCAAGUCACGGGUGCCACCAACUGUCACAAAUGCUGUGUCUUGGCGCUCUGAGGGCAUUAAGUACAAGAAGAAUGAGGUCUUUAUUGAUGUCAUAGAGUCUGUCAACCUGCUGGUCAAUGCCAAUGGCAGCGUCCUGCUAAGCGAGAUCGUGGGCACCAUCAAGCUCAAGGUCUUUCUAUCCGGAAUGCCAGAGCUGCGACUUGGCCUCAAUGACCGUGUGCUCUUUGAGCUCACUGGCCUUUCAGGCAGCAAGAACAAGUCUGUGGAGCUGGAAGAUGUCAAAUUCCACCAGUGUGUGCGGCUCUCGCGCUUUGACAACGACCGCACCAUCUCCUUUAUCCCUCCUGAUGGUGACUUUGAACUCAUGUCUUACCGCCUCAGCACGCAGGUUAAACCACUGAUCUGGAUUGAGUCUAUCAUUGAAAAGUUCUCUCACAGCCGUGUGGAAAUCAUGGUCAAGGCUAAGGGGCAGUUUAAGAAGCAGUCAGUGGCCAACAGUGUGGAGAUCUCUGUUCCGGUACCCAGUGAUGCUGACUCCCCACGCUUUAAGACUAGCGUGGGCAAUGCCAAGUACGUGCCGGAGAAGAAUAUCGUUAUUUGGAGUAUUAAAUCCUUCCCGGGGGGCAAGGAAUACCUGAUGCGAGCCCACUUUGGGCUCCCCAGCGUGGAGAAGGAGGAGGUGGAGGGCCGGCCUCCCAUUGGAGUUAAAUUCGAGAUCCCCUACUUCACUGUCUCUGGGAUCCAGGUUCGAUACAUGAAGAUCAUUGAGAAAAGUGGUUACCAGGCUCUGCCCUGGGUUCGUUACAUCACCCAGAGUGGAGAUUAUCAACUUCGCACCAGCUAGAAGUGAGAAGCGAUUGGAGCUUAAAUGUGGGGCUUCUCUCUCUACUAAGGCCCUGCAGCAGAUUGUACAGAGGGAGAGAAGAUGGGGUGUGUAUGUGUCUUGAGUCUGGUGUCUGUUAAGUCUGGCAGGUCCCUGACUUAGCAGUUUCUCGCUCCCAGUACUUGUCCCCCUUCUUGCCUCUUCCUUUUUCCACAGCCUGGGAGGGAUGGUCUCUCCGCCUUCCUUACUCUUGGGGCUUUCCUCCCUCUCAAUUUCAUGUGAAGAAAUCAAAGAGGGGCUUGAAGUCCCCCUCAUGAGUGCCUUCUUGCAAUGACCCGCCUUAAUGGUUGUUGGGGGUCCCUCCCUCCUUUAUAGCUGCUGAAUUAAAACCCACUCCUCUGAGUUUUAGGAUGUUAUUAAAAAGAUG